AUGCCUGUUGGAAGAAAACGGUGGAAUCUUCAUGAUGGACCACAAGGCUCCCUGCGACGGUUACGGAAUCAACUAGCUGAAGAUGGCUGUGCAGAAUCACAAGUUGUUCUUGCAAAGCAACUCUUAGAAGAAAAGUGUGAACUUGAAGCUGACAAAAUAUCCAACUUUAAGCAAGCACUGGAAUGGUUAAUCUGUGCCACAGAGCAAGCUCAUCCAGAGGCCAGGAGAAUGUUAAGAAGAUGUAUACGCAGUGGCGUGAUAGACGAGGACAGCGCGUCAAUAGUGCGCGCUAAAUCAUGCCUGGCCGCCAGUCGCCAAGAAAUAGUCGCGAGGAAAGCCGCCAGGGACCUUUUCGCUAGUUUAUCAAACGGUGAACAGUACAUAACAACGGCACAGCUGGAAAGGCGUAUACGCGAGAUAUGUACAACUACCCUCAAGAAAGAUCCGGAUGAUGACACGACUGAUGAAGAAUCACAAGAUGAAGCGCGCGCUUUAGACGGGGAGCAAGCCUUAGAACCAUCUCACCUCGAGGCCGGUGACCAAAUACAUGUAAAUGGGACCUUACGGACUACACGAGCUAGUGUAGAAGAUUACCCAGAACAUGUCGGAAGGAACGAUGAAAUUCGCAACUUAACAGUUGAUAACUUAGUCUCAGCUGCUGUCGAUUAUUGCCAAGGCGAAUUACCUCUAGUCAGUUAUGAGUUGACCUUGACAGACCCUAGUAUUAAGGCCUUAGACCAUAUACCCCUGUUCCAACAGGCGUUCUUACAUCCCAUCGUCUUCAUUCAGGUUUUAUAUCUGAAACUGCUCUAUUACUUCGGUUCUUUUUCGUUCAGACUAUCAAAUAUCGAACUUUCUUUACUCUUAAUAGCGUAUUUAUCAGCGAAUGCAGACAGUCUUUACCAUUUGGUGCCAUUAGUUAUGUAUUAUGUUAGUUUUAUUGCAAUGGUGAUCUGUACGUUCAAAAUGCUUUUAGCCAAGAGGCAGUUCAUUGACUUUAGGAAGUGGUCCGGUCUUUUCCUACGGUAUAGCGAUGGCAAUCUGCAGCCAGACGAAUCUGAGAAUCUUUUCGUUAGAAAUAACCUCUAUCCUUUCGUACAGUUCUUUUUGGCGUUAUUAAUUAAUCUGUUCCUUUACCCGUUCAUUGCGACGCAGUGGGUGCCAUUUUCGGAAUUCUGCGUCCUUUCCUUUUGUCUAAUGUUCCUGACGCUGUUUUCCUUCGGGACGAAUGGCAACCCUUACCCGGAUCUAUUAGCUCUCGUGUCCUUCGGGAUAAAUGUUUUGGCAAAAUAUCCGUACGAAAAAGACACUGUAGUGCACCAAGGCUGGAGGUUUUUAGAUCUACACAUAUCCAAUUAUCCAUCUUACAUACUAGGCAACAGCAUUGAAUUUUGCUUGAACUCCAGAGUGUUUUUCUCUCUUCUUAUACCCGUUAUAUUAGUGUCGAUGGCGCGAAGGAGCGAUUGGCAGGGUUUCUUUAAAUAUACAUUACCGCAUUGUGUGACCUUAAGCUGGUUACAGAUGUUCAUAACUUGUUCCCACGGGUGCACCACUUAUGGUUUGAUAAGAGGGACUCUAGCUUUAGUUUGUUCCUUCCUAUUCCUUCCUCUUUUGGGAGUAAUUACGGUGACUCUACCAAUAUUUGCUUUCCUUCAGUACAUUACACUUUCUAGAUUGUUCUAUACCAUAUCAAUUUUGACCGGAUUUGGUGUUAGUUUAGGGGUCACGUGUUUGUUGGCCAAGACGGAAGUUACCAAGAAAUUUGUCACGCCGUUCCAGAUCGCCAUCGGUGUUAUUACCCUAAUAUAUUUUGGGAAUCAACUUAUUGGGGACAUACAGGACGACGGCCUACCGUCCGGCCUUAUAGAGAUGAUAGGCGACGACAAAUCAAACAUUAAAAACCUUCUGAAAAACCAAUUUAUAACGGAUUACGAGGAGACCAAUUAUCACAUAAAUUGGGAGGAUUAUUACAACCAAUGCUAUGCGCCAUCUUGGACCGACAGCAAUAUGGCCGCCACUCAAAUGAAAUGCGCGGUGUUAGAAGGCGCCCACGUUAUUUGGGAGGGUUAUAUUAGCGAAGUAAAAUUAAAAACCGUUAAGAACCAGUGGAACGAUUUCGCCUCGUGGUUGCCAAUUUUUCUGCAAGAGUACUUCAAAUGUUAUUACGGGGAAGAAUAUGCGACGUUUUGUCAGAAUUCAGAACUCUCAAGUAUGUUUGAUGACUGCGAAUUUGUUAAGAGCGCUGCUAGACAAAGCGGGAAGAUUUGUCACCUUAAUAAUUUAAAUGAAUACAGCUACGAAGUGAAAUUGACAAUGGAAACAAGCGGCGGUUUACUAAAACGACACGCGGAUAUAACUCUUAUGUUCGAUCACCACUUUAGUAAUUACACUCGACUGUUGCGUGCAGAUGACAAAAUUCGCUUCAAAGGCAUACUCUUAAAUGACCCAAACUCGUACUCAAUCGGUUCUAAACACUUUAACAUACGAGGCUAUGAAAUAAAUUGCAUUGAAUGUAAAAAUACCAGAGGGACCAUAAGCUCGCCGAAGCCCACAGUUUCUAAGCUGUCAAAAUUAUUGCGUACUGUUUUUAAUGAUUGUGUUGUGUCCACUAAAUAUAUUUUAAAUUUCCUAUUGAACCCAGUUGUGAUUAUCAAAUGA